AUGGCUACCCCAAGACUGCUCAGACCAGCUUCGCGCUUGGUAUCCACACGGCUCUGCUCCGCUUCCAUCCGCCCUGCUUUCAAGCCAGCCGCGUGCUCUCUUUCGGUUCUUCAACGGCGAACAUAUGCAACUCCAAGUGGAACCAAAGAGGUUACAGUCAGAGAGGCCCUCAAUGAUGCCCUUGCCGAGGAACUCACGCUCAAUGAAAAAGUGUUUAUCUUGGGAGAGGAGGUUGCGCAGUAUAACGGAGCCUACAAGGUAACAAAAGGCCUGCUGGACCGAUUCGGCCCGAAGAGGGUCAUCGAUACCCCCAUCACCGAACCUGGUUUCUGCGGAUUGGCGGUUGGAGCUGCGUUAGCGGGAUUGCACCCCGUUUGCGAAUUCAUGACCUUCAACUUCGCCAUGCAGGCAAUUGACCAAAUCGUCAACUCCGCAGCCAAAACACACUAUAUGUCCGGCGGCAUCCAACCAUGUAAUAUAACCUUCAGAGGUCCCAAUGGCUUUGCUGCUGGUGUCGCUGCCCAACACUCCCAGGAUUAUUCCGCCUGGUACGGAUCUAUCCCCGGCCUUAAGGUGCUCAGCCCUUGGAGCUCUGAGGAUGCAAAGGGACUCCUCAAGGCCGCCAUCCGCGACCCCAACCCAGUUGUAUUCCUCGAAAACGAACUCAUGUACGGCGAAUCUUUCCCCAUGAGUGAAGCUGCGCAAAAGGACGACUUCGUCCUCCCCAUCGGAAAAGCCAAGAUUGAACGCGUCGGCAAAGACCUAACCAUGGUAUCCCUCUCCCGCUGUGUCGGUCAAGCCAUGCGCGCCGCUGCAGAGUUGAAGCAGAAAUACGGCGUCGAGACUGAAGUGAUCAACCUGCGUUCCAUUAAGCCCCUUGAUGUCGAGACUAUCAUCAAGUCCGUGAAGAAGACCGGCCAUCUGAUGGCUGUCGAAUCCGGCUUUCCCAUGUUUGGUGUUGGUUCUGAGAUUCUUGCGCUGUCCAUGGAGUAUGCUUUCGACUACCUCCAGGCUCCCGCCGUCCGGGUUACCGGUGCUGAGGUACCAACACCGUACGCCUUCAAGUUGGAACAGAUGAGUUUCCCGCAGGACGAGACCAUUGUCACGCAUGCUGCUAAGUUGCUGCGGGUGUAG